AUAGUGGCUCCCUCAUGCUCCACCAAUCAGCUGAUCUAAAAUCUACGGAUAGUUAAGAAUUGAGGUUAUAGCAAACUAAACAUGUAGGAACGUAGAUAAAUAAACAACGAACCCAUACAAACGUUUUACAUAUUAUAUUUAGGAAAUUGAUAGAUUCAUUUAUUUAUAGUUUACUUGUGUAUUUAAAAAUUUUUAUUUAUUAUUUGUUUAUUUUUUAAUUAGUGUUCAAUUUAAUUGAAAGUAGAAAGAAAAAAUUAGUGGAAAGUGAAUGCUGGAAAAUAUAACAAAUUAAAUAAUAAAUUUUAAUUUACAAUGUCAAAAAGGAAGUAUUCCAGACAAGAGAAGAGCAGUGAUUCGGAGUCAGAUGAUAAUUAUGUUCCGUAUGUUCCAGUGAAGGAACGUAAAAAACAACAGCUUAUGAAAUUAGGACGACUAGGAAUAUUAAAAGAAGAAGGUGCAAUAGGAGUUAUUGGAAAAAGUAGCAGUGAGAAUGAAAAAGACGAAGGAGAUGAGGAAGAUGAUGGUCAGGUCUGGGGUAGAAAGUCCAAUAUUUCUCUUCUGGAUCAACAUACAGAGCUGAAAAAAUUAGCUGAAGCUAAGAAAGAAAGUGCACUGGAAAAACAGUUGAAGGAAGAAGAAAAAAUUCUUGAAAGUGUCGCUGAAAACAAAGCUUUGAUGGGUGUUGCUGAGUUGGCCAAAGGAAUACAAUAUGAAGAUCCAAUAAAAACAAGCUGGCGACCACCGAGAGCAGUACUUGCUUUAGGCGAAGCUCGACAUGAAAGAAUACGAAGAAAAUUACGGAUUUUAGUUGAAGGAAAUGACGUCCCACCACCACUGUGUAGUUUCAAAGAGAUGAAAUUUCACCGUGGCAUAAUUAAAGGUUUAGAACACAAAGGCAUUGUAAAACCUACUCCUAUUCAAGUACAGGGAAUUCCGACAGUUUUGUCCGGUCGUGAUAUGAUUGGAAUUGCGUUUACUGGUAGCGGUAAAACUUUAGUAUUUGUAUUGCCUCUAAUAAUGUUUUGCCUUGAGCAAGAAGUAGGAAUGCCGUUUAUACGCAACGAAGGUCCCUACGGAUUGAUAAUUUGUCCUUCAAGAGAAUUGGCCAAGCAAACGUUCGACAUUAUUCAGUAUUACACCAACAGCUUAAGGUCAGAAAAUUGUCCAGAAAUUCGGAGUUGUCUUGCUAUUGGUGGUGUUCCAGUCUCAGAGUCUCUUGAAGUAAUAAAUAGAGGUGUUCAUAUUAUGGUUGCAACACCAGGGCGAUUAAUGGACAUGUUGGAUAAAAAAAUGGUUAAAUUAAGUUCAUGUCGUUAUCUUUGUAUGGACGAGGCAGAUCGAAUGAUUGACAUGGGCUUCGAAGAGGAUGUUAGGACGAUAUUUUCAUUUUUCCGUGGUCAGCGUGAGACUCUUCUGUUCUCCGCAACGAUGCCCAAAAAAAUUCAAAAUUUUGCGCGGUCUGCUUUGGUAAAACCGGUGACGAUAAAUGUUGGUCGUGCUGGUGCAGCAUCAAUAAACGUAACCCAGGAAGUAGAAUAUGUGAAGCAAGAGGCGAAAAUUGUUUACUUAUUAGAAUGUCUUCAGAAAACACCGCCGCCGGUACUAAUUUUUGCUGAAAAGAAACAAGAUGUUGAUGCAAUUCAUGAGUAUCUUUUAUUGAAAGGCGUCGAGGCCGUAGCUAUUCAUGGUGGUAAAGACCAAGAAGAACGAUCAAGAUCUGUUGAAGCAUUUAGAGCUAAACACAAGGAUGUUCUUGUUGCUACAGAUGUUGCUUCCAAGGGUUUAGAUUUUGCUGAUGUCCAACACGUAAUCAAUUAUGACAUGCCAGAUGAUGUUGAAAAUUAUGUACAUAGAAUUGGAAGAACUGGACGUUCUGGUAAAAGAGGAAUCGCUACUACGUUUAUUAACAAAUCUAACGAUGAGUCUGUGUUGUUGGAUCUUAAACAUUUGUUGAUGGAAGCGAAACAAAAUGUACCGGCAUUUCUUUUGGAACUUUGCUCUGAAAAUGAGAAGUAUCUUAAUCUUGGAAAUGAAAAAGGAUGCAGCUACUGUGGUGGUCUUGGUCAUAGAAUCACUGAAUGUCCUAAGUUGGAAGCUAUUCAAAAUAAACAAGCAUCGAAUAUUGGUCGACGUGAUUACUUAGCUAGCAAUGCGGCUGAUUAUUAAGUAAUAUUAAUUUUUAUACACUGAAUGAUUUAUUAAUAAUUAACGAAUUGGAAUAUAUUUAGACUUAAGUAAAUUUUGUGAAUAGGCUACGAAAAAAUUAUGAAAAUAAAAUAAUUUAUGAUAAAAAUGAA